GCACCUCCAAAUUAUGGAACUUCAGGUGAAGGUCUAGUGAGUAUCGUGAUGGGAGGUGUGGAAUUGUCACCAAUGACAUUAAGUCAAAACAUGGCCACGAGGAACAUAUUGAAAGGAAUUACUUCGUGGCCAAUCGGAGCAGACGGAAUGGUGGUGGUUCCCUACAGGUGCGAAGGUGCGGUCAACUUGACGCGCUUGGAGCCGGCGCUGAGGUCCUGGGAGAAGGACUCAUGUGUGAGAUUCCGUGAGAUGGCAGCCAGUGAAAAGCUGCACGACACCUACCUCCUCAUUAGAGCAUCUACUACACAAUGCCGAAGCACACUGGGCGUCCAUCCGAAAGCUACCUUACUGAAAAUAACUGAUUCCUGUGGGGUAUGGCUGUGCCUUGCAUUUGUAAUGAGAACCAUGAUGUUCACCUAAAUCCGAUCUCAUCCCAACCUCAUAAACUUAAAACAAACCUAAUAUUG